AUGUCAUCCGAGACCGUCCACGUCCCGCUCAACGUCCUGGACCACCUCCACCGGCCCAACUAUGUCAAGCUGUGCUACUACUUCUCCCUCCAACCCGGCACGACCCCGCUGGAUGUCUUCGAGGACCUCGGCAAGGGUCUGCACCAGACCUUCGUGCAGGUGCCGUGGCUAGGGGGCAAAGUCUUCCGCCAGUCGCCCGACACGCCGGGGUACCGCCCAGGGCAGCGGGAACUGCGGUACAACCCGGCGACAGCCGCGCCCGUGGACGGGCCGCUGCCGCACCAGCUGCGCUUCAACGAGCUGGAAUCGGACUACACGUUCGCGGAGCUGCGCGAGGAGGGGUUCCCCAGCGACGCCUACGACGACCAGGAGCUUCUUAAUGUACCCAUCGAGGGCAACCUGGACACGGGCUGCGACGUCUUCGUGGCGCAGGCCAACUUCAUCCCGGACGGCUGCGUGCUGUGCAUGUCGACCUGCCACGCCGCCAUCGACGGCACCGCCAUGGUCACCGUGAUGAAGCUGUGGGCCGACAACUGCCGCAGCGUGUUCGACCCCUCCGAAAUCCUCGAGCCCUUCCCCGCCGAGAGCUCCGACCGCACCCUCCUCGACAAGCUCUGGGUGCCGCCCAAAUCCGGCUCCAUCGCCCUGCAAGACGCCGACGCCUGGACGCGGGGCCUGGUCGGCCUCCGCCCCAGCGAGGGCUCGACGACCCCCAUCGACUUCCAGAACUGGUUCGGCAACGAGCACCCCAAGCCACCCCGGCAGAUGAAGAACCGCACCUUCUACAUGUCCGCAGCCAACAUGACGGCCCUGCAAAAGGAAUGCGAAGCCUCCACGGCCGACGACAGCACGACCACCGGACCCCUAAGCGGCAACGACGUGGUCACGGCCCUGAUGUGGCGCAGCCUGGUGCGAGCGCGCGCCGCGGCGGCCGACGACACGCUGGACGAGGAGUCGGUCCUUGAAUCGGCGAUCGACGGGCGGAUGGAGUUCUCGCAGUCCGUGCCGCCCAGCUACCUGGGCAACAUCACGUUCUACAACCAGUCGGCGAUCCCGGUGGCGGAGCUGCUGGACCCUGCGGUGCCGCUGGGCCGGGUGGCGCGCGCAAUCCGCACCGGCGCCGGCCGCGUCAACAGCGCCAGCCUGCACGAGGCCUACGCGCUCAUCAAGGGGGUGGCCGACUUCUCUCAGCUCAAGCCCCGCUUCCGCCGCACCGCCGGCGCUGACAUGUUGAUUUCGAACCUGCUCCUGUUCCCCGUGGACUCGAUCCAGUUCGGCACGCGCCGGUUCGGCAACGAGGGCAAGCCCGAGGCCGUGCGCUGCUUCAACGGGCCCCUCAAUGACGUCGCGCGCAUCUCGUUCAUCCUGCCCCGUCGGAGUAAGGGCGGGAUUGAGUUGGCCAUGAACCUGUUCGAGGAGGAGAUGGAUUGUUUGCUCGAGGAUGAGGAGUUCAAUCGGUUCUGCUUGGAGCUUUAG